AAAAAGCACACAACGUUGGCUGGAGGCGGCGGCAGGGCGAAUCUCCUCAGUAGGAGUAUGAGAUAACCCCACGCUUAUCACCAUACCUUUCCCCACUCUCCAGUCUCCACCCUUCCGACGAAACCCCCAUCUCUCUUCCUAAAACCAAAGCCCUAGCCGAGGCCAAGCCACCGGGCUAGCCAGCUAGCCAGACCUCCCUCCCGUAGAUCUCUGCUCUCCGGGCGUGCUUGCGGCGCCGAUCCGGCGAUGACGACGAAGGCGAAGCUCGGGGAGCUAAUGUGGGAGCACCGGCUGCGUGCGGCGGCGGCGGUGGCGUUCCUCGCCGUCGCCGUGGUGUCGAUCUCCGCCGUCGGGCCCAGGCUCGGCGCCGUGGUCUCCUUCUUCUGGCCGCUGCUCGUCUCCACGGCCUUCUUCCUCGUGGCCAUCACCGUGCUGCUCCGGAUCUCGCCGCCGCCCAGCGGCGCGGAGGAGUCCGGCAAGGAGAUCAUCGACUUCGUCGCCGGGUGCCGCCCCGAGCACCUCCUCCCGGAGGCGUCCGCCACCGUGGAGGUGCCGCCGGAGCCGGAGAUCUGAAGAGCCGAGGAGGAGGAGGUGCGCGCGGCCGCGAGAUGACCUUGUUCGCCGGGGCUAGCUCAGGAGAGACGUGGGGUAACCUGUAUGGGCCCGCCUGGGAGCCGGGGGCCGGGCGCCGGGCGCCCCCGGUGUGCGGUGGUGCAGCCGUGGCUAGCGUAGGAUCCUCCCGUCUCCGUGGUGUGGUGUACAAUAGUACCAUUGAAUAAAGAUGUCAUAAAUUCGCUC